CAUUAACAAGAAGCACCUGGAACGCCGGUAGUCAGAAAGCGCUAUAGAGACUUAUAAACCGUAAGUUCAGAUUGUGCGUACGGGACGCUUUGCGCAAAGUCUUCCGCUUAUGCGACCAUUGAAUUCCGCAAAAAAUAUUCGGAAUCGGGAUCAGUGUCCCGUUGUCAAGUCUUUUGGUCACCUUUCUUGUCUACAUAUUAUGCUUCGCUCCGCUUCAGACAUUUCCGGUCUUCCUUGCUCGGAAUCUUACUGAUCAUAGAAGUCUUUCAACCUCCACGAACCUCAAUCCCACAAGUCACGAGCUUGAGCCUGGACUAUGAGUGGCGACGCCUCCGACGACGAGGUCCCAGAUCUCGUCCAACCACCCACCGCCAACAAUGACGAUGACGAGCCUCCCACCCUCAUCUCCACAACUCCUUCCAUUUCCCUCAAAAUUAAAGUCCCCAUAACGAUAAUAACCGGCUAUCUCGGCGCGGGCAAAACCACGCUGCUCAACUACAUUCUCACGGCCUACCACGGCAAGCGCAUCGCCGUGAUUCUCAACGAAUUCGGCGACUCCAUCGACAUUGAAAAACAACUCACCGUGUCGGAUGCAAAUUCAACAUCUGCCUCGAAAGUGCCCUUUGUCCCACUAGCAAAUGGCUGCAUCUGCUGCUCCGUCAAAGAUGUCGGCGUCGCAGCGAUCGAGAAUUUGAUGGAAGCAAGCGGGGAUUUCGACUACAUUCUGCUCGAGACCACGGGGCUUGCGGAUCCAGGAAACGUGGCACCGCUGUUCUGGUUGGACGAGGGGCUAGGGUCGUCAAUUUUCUUGGAUGGCAUUGUUACGCUGGUUGAUGCGAAGAAUCUGCUCAAAAGCUUGGAUGAGGGAUAUGGCGAUGACGAGGAGGCGCUGGAGGGAAGGAAAGAGGAGCACGGGCACCAGGGUCCGCUGUUGACAACGGCGCAUUUGCAGAUUUCGCACGCAGACGUGGUCAUUAUUAACAAGACUGACUUGGUUUCGGAAGAAGAGCUGGAGGCAGUCAAGCAGCGCGUGCGGUCUAUCAAUGCGCUCGCGAAGGUGUCCACGACAAUGAAAGCGGAGGUGCCGACGCUGGAGGGCUUCAUCCUCGAUCUGCACGCUUACGAUGCCGUCUCGGCUGAUGAUCUGACUUUCGCGGAGAAAGGCCACAGCCAUAUAGACCCCUCGAUCUCCACGUCUACAAUUGCCUUUCCUGCGCUGAGGGAUGAGCAGGUAGACAGGUUCGACAAGUGGCUGCGGACGGUGCUUUGGGAGGAUAAACUGCCUGAUGGCAAGGCGCACGGGAAGUUCGAAAUCCACCGAUUGAAAGGACGCAUACCAGUCGUCGGCGCAAACGUACUUUUAGUACAGGGAGUGAGGAAUGUGUACGAUGUGAACGAGGGUACAGAGACGACUUCUGAGGAUAAUAGCGCCAAAUUGGUGCUCAUUGGGAAGGGCGUCGGACAGAGAGAGUUCGAGGAGAGCUUGUUGGCCACGCUAACGUAAACAAAAGAUUUACUGUCAUGCUCGUUC